UUUUAUUUAUUGAUGAGAGAGGUAAGAGAAUCAUUUUGGUACUUCCACUGAUGGAGAUUGAACUCUGGACCUCUUUCUUGAGAGACCAGCACCCUGUGCCCUGCACCACCUCCCUGAGGGCCCGGUCCAGAGUCUGGCCAAGUUUUCAGUUAACCUGAAGGAAGCUCAGAUCGAUUCUCAGUGGCUGUGCCUGGAGGGGAGUCACUGUUAUUCCAGCAAGUUUGUCAAAGAUGAAAGCGACCUUAUCAGCGCUGGACACUUCAGAGAGUCCCUUCACCCCUUUGGUAGUGAUCGAGCUUGCUCAGGAUGUCAAAGAAGAAACCAAAGAGUGGCUGAAAGCGAGGAUUGUCGGUAAGAAGAGAGAUGGAGGUGCCCAGCUGUUGUUUAGACCAUUGCUAAAUAAAUACGAGAAGGAGACGCUAGGAAACCAGAAUCUGUAUCUUGUUGGUGCCUCCAACAUCAGACUGUUGCUGGGGGCAGAAGCACUGGGCUUGGUCAAAGAAUGCAAUGACGGCACCAUGAGAGCCUUCACAUACAGAACCCGGAACAACUUCAAAGGUUUCGACGAUAACAAUGAUACCUUCCUCACAAUGGCGGAGUGCCAAUUCAUUGUCAAGCAUGAGCUGGAAAAUCUUAGAGCCAGAGAUGAAAGCAUGAUUCCUGGUUAUCCUCAGGCCAAGCUGUACCCAGGAAAGUCAUUAUUGAGAAGAUUGCUGACGUCCGGCAUCGUGAGCCAGGUGUUCCCGCUGCACGAUAACGAGGCCCUGAAGAAGCUGGAGGACUCCUGGUACAGCCGCUUUCCACUCAAGUACCAGCCCAUAGAUCACAUCCGCGGCUACUUUGGGGAGACCAUCGCCCUGUACUUUGGGUUUCUGGAGUACUUCACUUUCGCCCUGAUCCCGAUGGCCGUCAUCGGCCUGCCUUACCACCUGUUCGUGUGGGAAGACUACGACAGGUACGUGCUGCUGGCCUCCUUCAACCUCCUCUGGUCCACCGUCAUCCUGGAGGUGUGGAAGCGUGGCUGUGCCAGCAUGACCUACAGGUGGGGGACGCUGGUCAUGAAGAGGCAGUUCGAGGAGCCUCGGCCUGGCUACCACGGGGUCCUGGGCGUCAACGCCGUCACCGGCCGGGAGGAGCCCCUGUACCCCAGCUACAAGAGGCAGCUGCGUGUCUACCUGGUGUCUCUGCCGUUCGUGUGCCUCUGCCUCUACCUCUCCCUGUACGUCAUGAUGAUCUACUUCCGCCUGGAGGCCUGGGCCCUGGGUCUGCACGAGAGCAGCGGGUCCGAGUGGACCGGCGUCCUGCUGUACGUGCCCGGCAUCCUGUACGCCGUCGUGAUCGAGGUCAUGAACCGCCUGUACCGCUGUGCUGCUGAGUUCCUCACCUCCUGGGAGAACCACCGGCUGGAGUCUGCCUACCAGAACCACCUGAUUCUGAAAGUCUUAGUGUUCAACUUCCUGAAUUGCUUCGCCUCUCUCUUCUACAUCGCCUUCGUCCUGGGGGACAUGAAGCUCCUGCGGCAGAGUCUGGCCACUCUUCUGAUCACCUCCCAGAUCCUUAACCAGGUUGUGGAAUCUCUUCUUCCUUACUGGCUCCAAAGAAAGUACCACGUGCGCAUGAAGAGAAAGAUGCAGGCUUUGAAGGCCGAUAUUGAUGCCACGUUAUACGAACAAGUUGUCCUGGAAAAAGAAAUGGGGACCUACUUGGGCACCUUUGAUGACUACUUGGAGCUGUUCCUGCAGUUCGGCUACGUGAGCCUUUUCUCCUGUGUUUACCCGCUAGCAGCUGCCUUCGCUGUGUUAAACAACUUCACUGAAGUCAACUCAGAUGCCUUAAAAAUGUGCAGGGUCUUCAAACGCCCCUUCUCAGAACCUUCAUCCAAUAUUGGUGUAUGGCAGGUGGCGUUUGAAACAAUGAGUGUCAUCUCUGUGGUCACCAACUGUGCCCUGAUCGGGAUGUCCCCACAAGUGAGCGCUCUCUUCCCAGAGUCCAAGACCGACCUCAUUCUGACUGUCGUGGCAGUAGAGCACGCUCUCCUGGCGCUAAAGUUCAUCCUUGCAUUUGCCAUACCUGACAGACCACGGCACAUCCAGGUGAAACUGGCCCGGUUGGAAUUCGAGUCUUUGGAGGCACUGAAGCAGCAGCAGAUGAAGCUCGUGGCUGAGAACCUGAGAGACGACUCUGGGGAGAAGGGGAGCUGAGCUGCCUGGAAGGCCACCCAGCUCCUGCGGCGAAGAGGGGGCCCGAGGACCAGUCCCCAGCCACCUGCCUUCUCCAGGAUCCCGCCAGACCCUCCCCCUGCAGCCCCUCCCCCCUCCCCGCCGCUCUCCAGAAAGCUGCUGCCUGGACAGACCGCGCGAAGGGACUUUUCUGCCGAGAUGCCCCCCACAGCUGGCACCUCAGCCUGAUUCCCUCCUGCCAAGGCCCCAGGCCCUCCGGAACCAAGCCCUGAGCCAUUAAAGGGUCUGCACCUCUGCCUCCA